AACCCAGUAACCCUCUGAACGGUUUCCUGUUGCCACCUUCUAAGACAUUUAGAUUCCUUCAGACCCUUGAGAGAGCCUGAAGUUUUCUCAGCUCCACCGCCUUGUCCUCGAGAAAGAUGCGUGCUUGGAUUUUCUUCCUCCUCUGCCUGGCAGGCAAGGCCCUAGCAACACAGCAAGAUGCGCUACCAGAUGAGAUGGAAGUCAUAGAGGAUCUUGCAACAGAGGAGCCUGUGGGGAUCAACCCAGUGCAGGUGGAGGUUGGAGAGUUUGACGAGCCCACUGAGGAUGUGGAGGAGGUCAUUGCUGAAAACCCCUGCCAGAACCAUCACUGCAAGCAUGGCAAAGUCUGUGAAGUGGAUGAGAACAACACCCCUAUGUGUGUGUGCCAAGAUCCCUCCAGCUGCCCAGCCAGCACUGCAGUGUUUGAGAAGGUAUGCGGCACUGACAACAAGACCUAUGACACCUCCUGCCACUUCUUUGCCACCAAAUGCACUUUGGAGGGAACCAAGAAGGGACACAAGCUCCACCUGGACUACAUUGGACCUUGCAAAUUCAUUCCUGCCUGCCUCGAUGCUGAGCUGAGUGAAUUCCCCCUGCGUAUGCGUGACUGGCUGAAGAAUGUACUGGUCACCCUGUAUGAGCGCGAUGAAGACAACAACCUGCUGACUGAGAAACAGAAACUUCGGGUGAAGAAGAUCCAUGAGAAUGAGAAGCGCCUGGAAGCUGGCGACCACACAGUGGAACUGUUGGUCCGUGACUUCGAGAAGAACUACAACAUGUACAUCUUCCCUGUGCACUGGCAAUUUGGUCAGCUCGACCAACAUCCCAUUGAUGGGUACUUGUCCCACACUGAGCUGGCCCCAUUGAGAGCUCCCCUCAUCCCCAUGGAGCACUGCACCACUCGCUUCUUUGAGGCAUGCGAUCUAGACAACGACAAGUACAUCGCUCUGAAUGAAUGGGCCAGUUGCUUUGGCAUUAAGGAGAAGGACAUUGACAAGGAUCUUGUGAUCUAAAUUCAGCAGCUUCUUCAUCUGUUGCCUACAACUCAACGUUUUCUUUCAUUUUUAACAAUUUGAUGGGGUUUUUGGUUGUUUUACCAGGGACAAGGUGCUAAUAUAGAUCUAAACUUAUAUAUUAACGGUGCUAAAAAAAAAAGAGAGACAGAAAAUUGUUAGUAGCCUAAUCUGAUCACGCACUCAUCUUGUGUGCUUCUGUUGACCUUUCAAUUUGAUACUAUUAGUACAGUGAAAAAAUCUACUUCUUUUCGAAGUAUUUACCCCUUCUCUUGACCCAUUCUUUUUCUAACUUUUUUUUUAAAGCUUAGUAUGUUUUGGGCUAUUUAAAUCUCAGGCAAAGGAACACCAGACUAAACUCCCUAAUUUCUAGAAGGCAAGUAAAGGAAGGUGUACCAAAAAAAGGCGUUGGGAGACUGGGCUUUACUAAGUCAAGUGGUGCAAUUGUUUUAAGAAAGUUUAGGCAGCUGGGAUUCUGUUCCCUAGCAGAAUGGCAAGAAAGGGCAGUGGGAGAGGCCUGCAAAAUUCAGAACGGUGACAACAGACAUUCCACAGUUCUUGAAUGCAACAAUAAUUGGGCACAGACUCACACAAAAGUCAUGAAAACAGAGAGGAACUGAGAUGUAUGGGGGGAAAAUAAGUCUCAAUACUCCCCCACACCUUUAAAAAUAAAAAGUUAAAAAUGCUACCUGCUUCAUUACUACUCAGUGACUGUAUUGUUUGUUGCUGUGUUUACCAUGCCUUAAAAGUUAGAUUUGGUGCUUA